CGUGCACAAGCUCAUCGGUCCAUGCUUCAGGCGAGUCGUCGUGCUCUGACGACUCAUGCCAUCUUCCAAGCUCGUCACUCGAGACCUGCACAUCUACGGCAUACAUUCUCGCGGACAGCAACACCGAAGACCACAAUUUCUCUCAAUCCUCCCGAACUCUCUCCUGAUGGUCAUGCUCCGAUAGCACAUUCGGAUCACCCGAGUACCUCUAAAAGAGACAACUAUGCGGCGACAGCUCGACAGCAAAAAUACGAUGACUUGCUGGACAGUCUGAAUCGAGAGGAGGCGAAUCCCAACCGAGUAUGGGGUUACUACUGCGAUUUACUCGACUUUACGCGCGACGGGAAUCUUCCCUUAGAAAUACAUCAGCGGGUGCUCAGGAAAUGUACUCCAGAUGCGCAAGAGAUACGAGCUGCAUUCGUUCGAAGACUGCGAGAGCGUAAUGUUAUGCAAAAUCCUCAUCGGCACGAGCCGCGGUUUUUAAGGAUUAUAAGCAACAUACGGAGGGCAGGAUUACUCCCUGCAUUAGAGGAUUACGAGUUCAUUUUGGAGCAGUUCGCGGCGGUCGGCCAUCAUAUUGGUGCGACGCGAGUAUUACAAGAAGUAGCUAAGCUAGGUCUACGGCCUCGAACGAAAACAUUCACCCUUUGUCUGCAAACUAUUGCGUAUCGCUUGACGUUGCCUCGUCCAAAGAUUCAGGAGCAGGAGCUGAAAGAGCAUUGUGCUCGAUUGUGUCUGCACAUUAUCCAGGUCAUUCGGAAACGAACGAAGGGCAGCGUACCUUCAGCUUGCUUGGACCUGAGUCUUCGUAUUAUGAAGGACACAGGUAAUGCAAAGACCUUCAUGUCGUUAAUGAAGUUUGCGUAUGGAAUUGACUUGGACUACCUGGACCGACAUCUCCUCGUCUCUGAUGGUGGCCUUGAGAACCCUGAGCCAUUCUCAACGGCAGCUUUAACGACACUCAUCGAUUUCCUGGGUCGACAAGAACAGGUGUCGAAGAUGAUUUCCGCUUUCGAAGUUCUGAGUGCACCGCUCAAGAUUGGUCCUUCUGACAUCCAGCUACGUAACUUUGACGACGAAGAGGAUGAUAAUUACUUUGUACCAGACGACUCGUCAAAUCCUCGUCCACUACCUUCCGCCCAACCUAAUAUCACAACAUUAAAUACCCUGAUCCGACAUUGUUCACAAUCGCACGAAACCACGCUAGCUAAACACUAUGUCCAGCAGGCGAUACAACUCGAUUAUACGUCGUCCAAGGCGCUUCGAUCAGAUAUUCAGACACUGCCCUUAGCUAGUGUCGGGAUACCGAAGGUCCUUGUCAACGCGGAUACUUUCCGACCUAUCCUGGGCCUGAUAAACCGAAAUUUUGAUAUUGGGUUACUUAGAUGGCUUUUACCUCAUUUCCGCAAAACGCGACGAAGAAAAUUACAGGACUUACAGUACUGUUCGACUGCUCUUGGGCAAAUGGCCGGGGACGAGGUACAGCGUGAAGAUGAAUCUUUAGGAGAGACGUCCGCUGGCUUCGCUGAAGAGAGUCUAAACCCUGUGUCUCCUCCCGACACAAUCACCAAAGCUACGACCUUUUUUACUCCGUCGUCUCCCCCUUCGCCCUUACAUCCGACUCCCGCGUUAACCGACGAGUCGGUGCAACGAACUUCCUUGGACAGUCAUCUUGAAUCCUCAUCAUCACGAUCUGCGAAUAAUCCCAAACUUUUCGACCUUUCCUUACAUGUUAGCAUCUUGGGACGAGAUGUGCAAGCCAUGAGAAAGUUAGACCGUCGAAUAGGCGCUGCUCUCGCCCGCCUGAGUAUUCGACGUAAGGAGGCCCUGGGACGACGAAUUUGGGCGGGAAAGAACGUUUUCGUUCGGGACUCUAAGAAGAGGACAACGGUUAGUAGGGAGGACUGGAUGGAUAUGGUAAAUUUUGGUGGACGCCGGGAAUGUACAUCCUCUCGCGAGUCUGAAGUGCAAAGAGAAUCCACUGUAUCGACCUGACACUGCAUUGUAGGUCAAUGUAAGCUCGCGACUCGCCGAAGCGGAGCACGUCUAUGCGUGCCCCGUGCCAACUUGCUCGGAAAGGCCUAGCAGCCUGGGUCACGCCUGCGGCAGCUCUCCGGUUA